UGAGCCCCGCGCGGCGCCCGAAGACCGUGCGCGGAUCGCCCCCAAGUUACGGAGGUGGGCGCCGAGUGCAGCGGGAAAGCCACUUCGGGAACCGGGUUGCGAGCGAGCGAGCGAGCGACCGCCUGCUGGAGCUCCGGACCCCAACAGGAAGAAGGCCGCAGAGAUGCCUGACUCCCCGGCUGAGGUGAAGACGCAGCCUCGGUCCACGCCCCCCAGCAUGCCACCCCCGCCACCUGCGGUGUCCCAGGGAGCCACACGACCUCCUUCCUUCACACCUCACACACAUGGCGAAGAUGGGCCUGCGACGUCACUGCCCCAUGGCCGUUUCCAUGGCUGCUUAAAGUGGUCCAUGGUCUGUCUCUUGAUGAACGGCAGCAGCCACUCACCCACAACUGUCCACGGCACCCCAUCCACACCCAACGGCUUCAGCAAUGGCCCUGCCACCUCGUCCACUGCCUCGCUGUCCACGCAGCACCUGCCCCCGGCAUGCGGCGCGCGGCAGCUCAGCAAACUCAAACGCUUCCUCACCACCUUGCAGCAGUUUGGCAGCGACAUCUCGCCUGAGAUCGGGGAGCGCGUGCGCACACUGGUGCUGGGGCUGGUGAACUCCACUCUAACAAUUGAGGAGUUUCACUCCAAGCUCCAAGAAGCUACCAACUUCCCUCUACGGCCAUUCGUCAUCCCUUUUCUGAAGGCCAACCUGCCGCUGCUGCAGCGGGAGCUCCUACACUGUGCCCGCCUGGCCAAGCAGACGCCUGCCCAGUACCUGGCCCAGCACGAGCAGCUACUGCUGGACGCCAGCGCCGCCUCCCCCGUUGACUCCUCUGAACUCCUGCUGGAAGUCAACGAGAACGGCAAGAGGAGGACACCCGACAGGACCAAAGAGAACGGGUCAGAUCGGGACCCGCUACACCCCGACCACCUCAGCAAGCGGCCCUGCACCCUGAGCCCCGCACAGCGCUGCAGCCCUAGCAACGGGCUGCCCCACCCCACGCCACCCCCACUGCCACACUACCGCCUGGAGGACAUGGCCAUGGCCCACCACUUCCGCGACUCCUACCGACACCUCGAUCCCCGAGAGCUACGGGAACGCCAUCGGCCACUUGCUGUGCCCGGGUCCCGGCAGGAAGAAGUGAUUGACCACAGGCUCACAGAGCGUGAGUGGGCAGAGGAGUGGAAGCACCUGAACAAUCUCCUGAAUUGCAUCAUGGACAUGGUGGAGAAGACUCGUCGGUCCCUCACCGUGUUGCGCAGGUGCCAGGAGGCUGACCGUGAGGAGCUUAACCACUGGAUCCGGCGCUACAGCGACGUGGAGGAUGGGAAGAAGGGCCCCAUGCCUGUUGUGGCUCGACCCCUCAACAGCUGCAGUGUCCCUGAGGGGUCUCAGCUAGAUGUCCACCGGGAGUUUGUGCCCAGGACCCUCUCCGGCUACAUGCCUGAGGAGAUCUGGAGGAAAGCUGAAGAGGCUGUGAACGAGGUGAAGCGCCAGGCGAUGUCUGAGCUGCAGAAAGCCGUGUCCGACGCCGAGCGCAAAGCCCACGAGCUCAUCACCACGGAGCGCGCCAAGAUGGAGCGGGCUCUGGCCGAAGCCAAGCGGCAGGCCUCAGAGGACGCCCUGACUGUCAUCAACCAGCAGGAGGACUCCAGUGAGAGCUGCUGGAACUGCGGGCGCAAGGCCAGCGAGACGUGCAGCGGCUGCAACGCGGCACGCUACUGCGGGUCUUUCUGCCAGCACAAGGACUGGGAGAAGCACCACCACGUGUGUGGCCAGAGUCUACAGGGCCCUGCAGCUGCUGUGGCCGACCCACUGCCCGGACAGCCUGACGCCACAGCCAGCCCCAGCGAGGCUGGCUCAGCAGGGCCCUCUCGCCCUUGUUCCCCAGGCCCACCCGGCCCACUGGAUGCUCCUGUACCCCGCUGACCCCCAGACCCCGAUGCCCAGCCCAUGGACGCCGUGCCCCGCCAACCUCCCAGCCCUGCCUCGGCCUGCCAAACGCCUGGCCCCGGAGCCAGCUGGCCGAGUGGAGUCACUGCUGCUACUGCUUCUCUCCAAAAGAAAACAGAUCCAACAGAACUGCAUCUUUGCAGCUUCUUCAGCUACCUGAUGAGGUCUCACCAUGACCUCCCACGACCUCUCUCCGCAAGCAUCCUCAGAACCACCGCUGAGCUCCAGACUGCUGGCGGGAGCGUGGUCAGCCCUGCCUGCUGUCUGUCCUCUCUCUGUCUCUGUCUCUCUGUUCCUGUGUCUGUCUUCUACCUCUCUCUCCGUCUCUGGAUUUCUCUGAGUCUCUCCUCUUCUGUCUUUAGAUACACACUUUCUCUACAAUGGAAAGAAAAAUCAAAUCGGUGGAUUAUAUUUUCAGCGAAGAAUUUUUUGGAGGUUUUGUUUUUGUUUUUGUUUUUGUUUUUUUUUGGCAAACAAGCUACUCAGAAACGGACAAAGAAGACUGUGGGGUUGUCCCCUUUCCUUAUUAAAAAGGGGAAAGAUACUGUGAUUCUAUAGCCAGAGUUGCUGAGUCACCCAGCCCACCCCAAGAGGGGUUGGUGCAUGCAGCAGAGACUGCAAGAAUGAUUUCAGUUUCCAACUAGAGAAGCAUUUUUGGUUUCAGGUUUUUUUUUAAAUAUCAAACUCUUUGGCUUUAAGUAAAAAAAAAAAAAAAAAAUCCAAAAAGUUUAAAAAAAAAAAAAAGCAAAGGAAACAUACCUGUAAACUACCUUGCCAGCUAGCCAGCCAAGGAUGCCAGAUACACCUCGCUCCAAAGGAAAUCCAAAAAGAAAAUGCAAGAAAUCAAAAUCCAAAAUUUUUUUGUCACUGCCAAAGUAUUUUCUUUUCACUGUUUUACUCCAUCCUGGGUUUGUCUGGAUGUUGAUCUUUUAUUCUGGUUUUUAUUUGAACUAGGGGUGUUUGGGAUAUUGGGAUUUGUUGGGUUGGGCCAAGAAGAGAACUUCUGUUCCUUUUUGACUGGUGGGCAGUGCCCUCACUGGGCCAAGGGGUCCGUAACGAAGCCUCAGCACCUCAUCUGUGAGCCCGAGUCAGCAUGAGCCCAAGCAUCGUGUGCCCCAGGGCCAUGUCUGGGUGUCCCCACAUGCAGGGGAGACAUCUCUGUCUGUCCUCACACCCUCUGUGACUUUUCAUGUCUCAUUGUCCCACUUGUGAAAAAAAAAAAAAAAGUGCUGAAGUGUUCCUCCCCCUCCCAGAGAGAGCAUAAUUCCGAAACAAAACUGUGACAAUCUUUUGGGUUGAUUCUUGGCUGCUUGUCAAAGCCUGAGGAGACAGCAAUCACCUUUCUCAGUUUUCCUCCUCUACCUCUCUGCUCUCCCCCUCCCUACCCCACCUCCAUCUCAGCCCUGUCACCCAAAGCCCAGUGUCUUGCGGCUAUUCUCAUUUCUUUCAAACUUUUGCAGAAAAAGAAAAGGAAAAAAAAAAAAAAAGCCACAAAAGCCAGCAGCCACCCUUGCCUCACCCGGAAGACUCAAGCUCAGCUGGACAUACCCCUGCAUCUGCCCUGUCAUCCAUCACCCCGUCGCGCAUCUCCAGCCCUGGGGGAGAUGGGUAAUGCUACCCCGCCCACACUCCAGCCCUCCCCUCCACCCACUUGACUCCUUCAAGGACUCAAGGAGGAAAUGAAGGAAGGAGGUUCACACCUGUACCAAACGGAAGGCUAGACAGCAGACACGGGCCAUGGUCAGCACCUGUGUGCACGGAGGUGUGCGCUCCAGCCUAGAGUGCAAUAUGGGAGGGUCACUCCUGAACCAGGGGGCCCUGACCAGAGUAAGGCGUGCAGCGUGUGUCAAUGUACAUAAGCUCUGCAGAGGUCCAAACCAUAGCAUCAGUACGGAGGAGAUGUUUGCCAAAUAAAAAGAAAUUAAGACAAACCACAGAAGUAUGUGAAGUUUAAGAAACAGAUUUGGUUUUUUGGUUUUUUUUUUUUUUUUUUAGAGGAAUCUAAGCUGAAGGCUCAUUGUGGUGGCUGGUAUUUCUUUGCAGUUGUAAAUUUCACCCUUUUAAGUGAACGUUAUAUGGAAGGAUCCUGUCAAGAGCCAUUGAUUUGUCGCCACCCAGAACGGAGCCUGAGAGCAGCACCCUCAUUCUGAGGGCCAAGUUAGCGCUCUUGCUCUCUGGAAGGUUCCUGGGGCUGUAGCCCUGCCGAGACGUGCUUUUGUGGGUUUUGGAGAAGCAAGGACCCAUGUGGGGUUCCAGCCUAUGAUUGCGCAUGGAGGCCACCUGCCCUUGCUUCUGGAGGCCACGUCUCCUAAGCACUAAGCCUACUGAAAUGUGGAGUCAGUGCAGCAGUGAAGGAGACCUGCCUCCCCGGAUCCUGCUCCCCACUUCCACCCUUCACGGCACUCCCUCGUGUCCCCAUUGCGCCAUGCCAUGCAGUCCCCUGGGCCUUUCUGGGUGAGCAAGGCAGGUGGCAGUGGUUGGUGAAGAGUCCUGUCUGACAGGAGGUGGUGGGCACCGUGCUUGUUGGGGGGAAAUAAAGCUGGGCUUCCAGGUU